AUGCAUUCCGGUACCCAGAAUAUCUAUGAUGACCCCGGAUUCUUCGCGGAAUACAGUACACUGCAGCGAUCCCAGCAAGGGCUCGCGGGUGCUCCAGAAUGGCCAUCCCUACGCCAAAUGAUCCUCAGCUCAUCCAGCAACACCCUCCCACAAUCCCGAGUUCUUGAUCUGGGUUGUGGAUACGGCUGGUUUGUCCGCUGGGCCCGCGAAAACGGGGCCAGCUACGUCAAGGGCGUGGACAUUUCAGAGAAGAUGAUCUCGAAAGCAAAGUCAUUCGACACGGAUGCCACGGACGCACCUACGGCUGAAGUCUGCUACGAAAGACAGGAUCUUGAAACCAUCAUUCUCGAUGAGGAUGCUCAUCGCGAGUCCUACGAUCUCGUGUACAGUUCGUUGACAUUUCACUAUAUCGACGAUCUGGGUCUGCUGCUUCGGCAGAUCCACUCUUCUUUGAAGAAAGGGAAUGGGUCUGCGAAUGGGAAAUUGGUUUUCUCUGUGGAGCAUCCGAUCUAUUCUGCGCCCGUCCGGCCUGCGGCGGAUUGGAUUGAUGUCAAGGUUGGUGAGGAAGAGAGCAAACUGUGGCCGUUGAAUUCGUAUAGCGAGGAAGGAUUGCGGGUUACGAGUUGGCUGGGUACGGAUGGGGUGAGGAAGUAUCAUCGGACGACGGAGACAUAUGUCUCGUUAUUGUUGGAGAAUGGGUUUGUCUUGACUGGGUUGAAGGACUGGGCCCCUUCGAAGGAGGAUAUUGCUGCGCAUCCCGAGUGGAGUGUCGAGCGUCACCGGCCCUUCUUUUUACUGCUCGCGGCGGAGGCUCGAUGA